AGGGAAACCAACUUCCUCUCUGUCUGUGUGUUUGUGUAGAACUGGAUCACUCGGGGUCAGCCCAAAUCCUUCUGGAUCUCUGGACUAUUCUUCCCUCAGGGCUUCCUCACUGGGGCGCUACAGAACCACGCCAGGACCUAUAACCUCCCCAUCGACGAGCUCAACUUCCGUUUUAACGUGUUGCCGGUCUACCUAGACCAGGGGGCCGUGAGCGAGGCGCUGAAGACCCUACCGGCCGGGGGCGAGCUGGACAUGGACUCUGAGCUACCCACCAUCAACGACGGCGUGCUGGUGCACGGGAUGUUCAUGGACGCCAGUCGCUGGGACGACGUCGACAUGGUGAUCGAGGAUGCGUUGCCGCGGGUGAUGAACACCAUGCUUCCCGUGGUGCACUUCGAACCCCAGCAGAACUAUGACCCUGAUCCGUCUCUCUACCAGGCUCCGCUGUACAAGACCUCAGCUCGUGCUGGGACUUUGUCGACUACAGGCCACUCUACUAACUUUGUGGUGACGGUGAUGCUGCCGUCCAGCCUGCCUAGUGACUACUGGAUCACCAAGGCCUCAGCCCUGCUCUGUCAGCUCAACGAGUAGUGACCCACACGCACACACACACACACACACACACACACACACACACACACACACACACACACACACACACACACACACACACACACACACACACACACACACACACACAC